AUGGGGGACGACGACGAUUUUUAUUUGCGCUACUACACCGGCCACAAGGGCAAGUUCGGCCACGAGUUCCUUGAAUUUGAAUUUCUCGCGGAGGGGCGGAUGCGCUACGCGAACAAUUCAAAUUACAAGAACGACACAAUGAUUCGAAAAGAAGCAUAUGUCAGCCAAGCCGUCAUAAAGGAACUUAGAAGAAUUAUUGAAGAGGCAGAAAUCCUGCGCGAAGACGACAACAACUGGCCAGCCCCAGACCGCGUAGGCCGCCAAGAGCUCGAGAUCAUUUUGGGCAAAGAUCACAUCUCCUUCACUACGUCGAAGAUCGGCUCCAUGGCGGAUGUGCAGCGCUGCAAAGACCAGGAGGGACUUCGCGUGUUUUACUAUUUGGUUCAGGACUUGAAAUGUUUUGUCUAUUCUUUAAUUGGAUUGCAUUUCAGAAUCAAACCCGUUUGA